AUGGCCUGGACUCCUCUGCUCCUCGCGCUCCUCUCUCUCUGCACAGGGUCCCUCUCCCAGCCUGUGCUGACCCAGCCGCCCUCCCUCUCUGCAUCUCCGGGAGCCACAGCCAGACUCACCUGCACCCUGAGCAGUGGCUUCAGUGUUGGCAGCUACACUAUAUACUGGUACCAGCAGAAGCCAGGGAGCCCUCCCCGGUAUCUCCUGAGAUAUAAAUCAGACUCAGAUAAGCACCAGGGCUCCGGGGUCCCCAGCCGCUUCUCUGGAUCCAAAGACGCCUCGGCCAAUGCGGGGCUCCUGCUCAUCUCGGGGCUGCAGCCUGAGGAUGAGGCUGACUAUUACUGCGCUACACCUGUUGGCAGUGGGAGCAGCUACCGUUACCCACAGUGUCUCAGAGGACGAGGAAGUGAGACAAAAACCCCUGGGCCCCGAGGCGGUGGCUCUGAGCCUCCCUUCAGCGAGGAGCGUCUGUGGGGCCUCUGUCAGGGGGGCUCCUCUGCAGGGACCUGUGUCCCCGGGAGGAGGAGGUCACACUCGAUGGAGCAGCAGCACAGGCGUCCCAGGAGCACACGGGAGGUCAUGGAGCCCCGCCCCCCACCCCGUGUCGGGGGAAUUCUCAGAAGGAACAUUUCUGAGUCAGAAUCUCAGCUCCUUCCUCCUGUUGUGUGUUGUCUGCUCCUCACCCAGAGCUCUUCCCUCCUGACCCUUCUGGUCCCCAAUGUGUGGGGAGUGGCUUCCCGACAGCAGUUCUCUGACACCAGCUGA